CUCGCAGCUUCAUGGGCAGGUUGUGUGGCCUGUGUGGAAACUUCAACGGCAACAGCAAGGAUGACCUCGCCACCCCUGCCGGCACUUCGGUCAGCAGUGUGGCAGAGAUGGGCAAGAGCUGGAGAGUGCCAGGCAUGGACGCCGGCACCCACUGCCAAGAUGAUUGCGCCGGCCGUUGUGCCCUGUGUGAGAGUGAGAAGGACGUUCACGUGGACGUGAAUGGACAGCAAUUCUGUGGUCGUCUGGCCGAAACCUUUGCCGGACCCCUGAGAGAGUGUGCCAAUUUGAUCAAGCGCCAGGUGUACCUGGAGAACUGCCUGCAUGAUGUGUGUAUGGGGAAGGCUAUGAAGAGGUUCCUGUGUGACACAGUGCAAGUCUACACAGAUGCCUGCCAGCUAGCUGGUUUCAAGGUGUUGAACUGGAGAGCAUUUGCUGGCUGCCCUCUUCCUGAAUGCCCCAAAAACAGCCAUUAUGAGCCGUGUGGCAACGCCUGCCCAGCCACCUGUGGAGACCCUGACGCUCCCAGUAGAUGCGAGGCCUAUUGCGUGGAGACAUGCACCUGUGACGCUGGCUUCGUCCGCAAUGGAGACGCGUGUAUCCCCCAGUCUCAGUGCGGGUGCUUCCACAGCGCCACAGGGAGCUACGUGCCACCAGGGAAGACCUUCUGGGGCGAUGACCAAUGCACUCAGCAGUGCACCUGCAAUCCGACCAGCAACCAAAUUGAGUGCAAGCGAGCUGGGUGCACCUAUGGGAAACUGUGCGAAGUGGUUGAUGGCAUCAGAGGCUGUGUUCCCAACAUGUUUGGAACCUGUAUGGUGACUGGCGACCCCCAUUUUCUGACCUUUGAUGGCCUAAAAUAUGAGUUCCAGGGCACGUGUGUCUACGAAAUGGCCAAGAUGUGUUCCAGUGACACCAGCCUGGAACACUUUGAGGUCCUUGUUCAGAAUGAAGGUCUGUACAGAAGUGAUAGUGCGUUUGCCAAACUGGUUGAGGUCAACAUCUAUGGUUACUCUAUUGUUAUCAGUGAAGCACACAGGGGUAAAGUAAUGGUGGACGGUGAGUUUGUUAAUCUGCCAAUCCGCUUGGCCAACUACACACUCUUUAUUUACCAAAGCGGAUGGUUUGCUGUGGUGCUGGCUGACUUUGGGCUGCGAGUGCAGUAUGACUGGGUGGACACAGUGUUUGUCCGUGUGCCCAACGACUACAGCGGUGCCAUGUGUGGCCUCUGCGGCAACUACAACUACAAGCGAAACGACGACAUGACAAUGAAGAACGGCAAAGAGGCGUCGUCUGCCACAGAGCUCGGACAGAGCUGGCGCGUCGCCGAGAUCCCGGGGUGUGUCGACGGGUGCGGGGGCCAAUGCCCCAACUGUGACAUCACCGAAGAGAAGAAGUACGAGACAGCGAAAUUCUGUGGGAAAAUCCGGGACCCCAAUGGACCCUUCCGGAAGUGCCACCCCUACGUGGACCCAGAGAAGUACUAUGAGACCUGCUUGUACGAUCUGUGCCUUAGCUACGGGCAGAGACGCGUGCUGUGCGACAUGCUCAAAUGGUACACUGCGGCCUGCCAGAGAGAGGGAGCUGAGGUGCUGCCAUGGCGAUCAGAAGAUUUUUGUGAUGUUCAGUGCCAAUCACAUAGCCACUAUGAACUGUGUGCAAAAGGAUGUCCUGCCACCUGCAGCGACCUUCUGGCUCCCACAAAAUGUAAAGACAACUGCCAUGAAGGCUGUGCCUGUGAUGAUGGCUACAUUUCGAGCGGAGACAAAUGUGUGCCUAUUGCACAGUGUGGUUGUGUCUAUGGCGACAAGUACUACAAAAAUGGACAGGUUUUCUACCCAAAUGGAAAAUGCGAAGAAGAGUGCAUUUGCGAUGGCAAAGUUGAGUGCAAGAAGUUCUCCUGUGGACCCAAUGAGGAAUGUGAGGUAAAGAACGGUGUCAGGGCGUGCUAUCCCGUUGGCAAUGGUGUGUGUACCAUCUCAGGGGACCCCCACUACAACACGUUUGAUAACCUCACCUACACCUUCCAAGGCACCUGCACCUACUCUGUUGCCAAGGCCACCCACAUUGAGGGCACACACCUCCAGCCCUUCUCAGUGGUGGUAGAGAAUGAGAAGUGGUACGGAGAGUCCAGAGAUCCAAAUGUUUCUGUGGCCAAGGCGGUAGUCGUGGAUGUUUAUGGUCAAAAAUUGGUGCUGAGGAAGGACCAGAUAGGACAGAUUUUGGUAAAUGAAGUCUUGGACCAUGUGCCCUUAAAUCUUAAUGAAGGACAGAUCCAGGUUUACCAGACUGGCACACAUGUUGUCAUUGCAACUGACUUUGGUCUCAAAGUAACAUACGAUCUUGUAUAUCGUGUUACCAUCACUGUUCCUGCCAACUAUCGUGACAAGACCUGCGGGCUUUGUGGCAACUUCAACGGCAAUAAGGAUGAUGAAUUUCAGCUGCCCGGAGGCAAACAAACCACCGACAUCAAAGAGUUUGGUGCAGCCUGGAAGGAGUCUGAGAAGGGUGUAGUUUGUGAUGAUGGCUGCACCGGUGAUUUCUGCCCCAAGUGUUCUGAGGAUAAGAAACGCAUCUUUGAGGCUGACUGUAGCAUCAUAAAAAAUGCCAAUGGCCCCUUUGCUGCCUGUCUCAGCGUCAUCGAUCCAGAGUCAUACUUCAGGGACUGUGUCUAUGAUGUCUGCAUGGGCAAUGGAGACCGCAACAUGCUCUGCCACAGCAUUGCUGCAUAUGUGUCUGACUGCCAGGACUUUGGUGUUGCCAUAAAGGGCUGGAGAACCCCAACCUUCUGUCCCCUGUCAUGCUCCCCAAACAGCCACUACCAGACCUGUGCCGAGACCUGUACUCAGCCCUGUCCUGGUCUCAGGAAUUUGAUUGACUGCCCUGAUACCUGCGCAGAAGGGUGUAGCUGCGACUCCGGUUACUAUUUCAAUGGAACAGGCUGCGUGAAACAGGAUCAGUGCAGUUGCUAUUUUGAGGGACACACCUAUGAGAUUGGCGAGUCUGUCAUUAACGAGGACUGCAGUGAAAGUUACACAUGCCUGGGCUCUAGUGUAGUGAAACAGGAGAGCAUCAGGUGUAAGAGUGAUGAGGUCUGCAAAGUGAUGAAUGGUAUCAAGUCUUGCUACCUCCAGCAGUGCUCCAUUACAGCCAGUGGAGGCGUUUCCCUGUUUGAUGGGACACGAGGCUCCAUAGACACAGAGGGAACCUAUGAGUUGGUCAAGCUCUGCAGUGACAGUCUGGUGGCAGACUUUUUCAGAGUGUUAGUGGUCUUCCAGACAUGUAAGGGAAGGGGCCAGAAUUGUAUCACAAUGGUGUAUGUCUUCUUCAAUAAGUAUGUCAUCACUGUUACCAGCCAGCAAGAGACCUGGGUAAAUGGCAUACAUGUUUCCCUGCCGCGCUCACUGAAAAAUGAGAUUGACAUUCAUGUGGCUGGCGACUCAGUGGUCAUUGAGAAGAAGUCAGUCCUCCAUGUGUCCUACAACUUCUCGCAUGAUGUCACUAUAACGGUGGGCGAGGCUGUGGCCAGUCAUGUGUGUGGUGCCUGUGGUAGGCUCAAUGCCAAUGGCGAGCUCAUGCUAAAGAGCCACAGUAGUGAGGACCUAAUCAAUUCAUUGGCAUUGGCAGAGUGAUUUUCCAGUUUGUUGUCAGCAAAGACCAUGAACAGUACACUAUUAUUAUUCAUUGAAAAAGGCAACAACCUGAGAAUGUUAAGAGAUUGUUUUAUGGUGAUUGCCAUGGUUUUAGCAGUAGCGACAAAGGAAUGCCAGUAAAGUCAAUUUCAACAAAAAAUCAUUGCUGUAUGUAGAUCUGCAUGAUUGCGGCCUGUGGCCAUACUGGUAAUAGUAUGGAACCACCAUACACACACACACGCACACACACACAUACACACACACACACACACACACACACACACACACACACACACACACACACUAACACACACAGAGACACCUAACAUUUUACUCACAUAUUUUAGUAAAUGUGGAUGUUCCCAGAAUAAGCUAAAUUAGAUGUACCGCAUAGCGGUACAAAAUAUGAUCGCUCAUCCUGUCCCGCUUGACAAUUUGUCUCAUCUCCUACUCCAGUUUAUUGCACACCAUUUUUUUGUCAUUUUGAAUAGACACGGCGUGUUUGUUGGUGUGUUGUUGCAAAAUCUGCGGAAUCAUUUUAUGCAAGCAAACUGCACACAGGAAGCCUUAAUUGUUGAUGCCGGACAUGAUAAUCAUCCAAACAUCUUGCAUUUUGACCGUGGUGAUUGAUUCAGUGCUGCCAAAACUCCGCUACACCCUCAGUCUCUGGUCCCACCCUGGUCUUGUGCUGUGCUGUGUAAGCGGGUAUAGUAGAGCAGAGAAAGCCAAUGUGUGCUGCUUUUAUUGAUCUACUGUAUGUAACGAUACAUGCAUUAGGCCUACUAAU